AUGAAUUUCCAAGACCUGACAUUCAACUUUAUCGAUCGACAGCGUCCCCAACCGCCCCAAUUCUGGUCUCCAAAGACCCCUUCUGAGCAGUCAGAGGCCACCAUUCGGCCGCAUGGCGACACGUCACGCGGCGGCGAUGACCUGACGAGCGACUCCGGUCAAGUUUCUCUCUCACCCCAAGCUCCGGCCAUCUUCCACGCCCCUUCACCGCCAGGACACUCUGACUCCGACUCGACCAUCACCGAGAGCUACGGUCCUAGCCGUCUGUUCGCACAGUUCGGAAACCCGCUACGUGACAUUCGUCGGCACCCAGACGAGCCACUGAUCGACAAUCGCCCGGAUCCGCGUCCACCUCGACGAAUCGACUCCGAGUCGACAGUCCACAUCCAAUCUCAAACGACAGUACGCUUCAACGAAGCGCAGCUAGCCAUGGACGAGGUCGCCAACCGCGCACGCGCCAAGGGCUUUCGCGAUGACAUGACCCUUGCCGUCAAUGGUUCAAUCACGCCCGGCGUCGAUGACGGACCUUUUAUCAGCUAUGCCCUUGGCGCCCUCACUCAACAGUCGUGGCCCAGGCAUUCUGCCACGUCAGAUGCCACAGCGACCACCCGAGGCGAUGCCGGCGCCCCAUGGGAGAAGGAGCUCCCUAAUGAUCAUGACGAAUACUCUGAUGAUGAUUACGCGAUACCCAAGAGGCGUUCAAGCAAGGCACGCAGUCUGUUGCCAUCUCUCGCCCCUGUGCCUUCGGUUUACACGCGCAACUCGGUGCGCCACAGCGCGUUAUCACAGUCGCAAGAUGAGAAUGAGGAGCUCGGUGUCACUCCCAUCAGACUAGAAGCCUACAACACGACGCGGCCUCUCUCACAGCCGAGGUCUACGACUUCUUCACGCUUCAUAGGGGAGGACGAACCCAAGCAAUUGGGCUCCAACCGUUGGAUACCGAUCAGCGAAGUCCAUCCAACCCGACGGGAAGGCCUGCCCAAGCUUGACAUUAUCGAUCCCCUGAGAAUCAACUACCCCGAAAUCACCUAUGUCCCACGAAUCUUACGACUACCCUCAAUGAUCACCAUGAUGGCAUUAUGCAUUAUUAUGAUUGUGCUGCUCGUCACUUCCGCCAUUCUGACAACGAUACGACCUGGCUUGCUUACGUUGCGCUACGCCGUUGACGAUAUCAACCACGGACAGUACUUUCUGUUCCGUGUACUGCCACAACUACUGGCCGCCGUCGUGUUCGUCUACGCACAAUGCAUCAUGACAACCACGAUUCGAAUUCUGCCGUUCCAACGCAUGACGAAUGAUGAGUCUGAAAAGAGACGCGAUGCACUCUUUGACGACCUCUAUCUCACGAAUUUUAUGAAACCUCACUUGACAGGGCCACCUAUGCUGAAGGCCUGUAUGGCUAUGAUCUGGCUUGGCGCCUUAACGAUACCUUUAUUGAGCAGCUGUUUUGCAGUGGCUCGUGUUGACGACCAAUGGACCUGGUCGGCAGUGCAAGGCGUGGCUUAUACGGCCGUCGUUCUGUACGUGCUACUCCUUGGAGCCAUUGCAACUUUGGCCAUGUACUGGCACAAGAGGAUCACGGGUCUCUUAUGGGAUCCACGAUCUAUCGCCGACGUUGCCCACAUGAUGUACAAGUCGAACACUCUUGACGACUAUGAGAGAACCGAGAUGAUCAGGGACAGGAAGGCGAUGCAAUCCAUUCUUUGCAACCGCCGCGUCGAUCGGCUGGGCUAUUGGCAGAUGGAAGGCCCCGACGUGACGCCAUGGUACGGUAUCGGAAUCGACACUCAUAUCUCUGACAGGAGAGGACGGAACGACGUGGAGGACAUGCCCCAAGACGAUAUCCGCCAACGCGAGUCUAUGAACUCGCUGACAAUGUCCCUGGUUUCGGGGGUGGACGACAAGAUUCGGAAACAAUAUUUACCCUGGUUCUUGCGAGAUGGGCAGAUGAUUGGCUUCGCUGUGAUCAGCACGCUCCUUCUGGUGGCCCUGAUUGUUGUCUCCUUCACGCAGGGAGCUAGCUGGAUGCGAGGCUUCCGUCCCGGCCACUUGUCUGUCUAUCCCGCUGAGGGCAAUUUUUCAGCGGCCAACUUCCUCUUCAGCUUCAUCCCGAGUCUGCUUGGCGUGCUCCUGUACUUGUUCCUCCAGUCUCUGGACAUGUCACUUCGCACUACGCAACCGUGGGCAGAGCUGAAUAGCGCCUUGGGUUCGCCAGCCGGUCGUUCCAUGCUCUUGGACUACGCCGCUUGCCACCCGUUCCAGGCCACCCUCCAUGCUGCGAGGAACAAACAUUGGCGCGUUGCGGCCGUCUCACUGAUGAGCACAUUGGCCGUCUUCAUUCCGAUCCUCGCCGGCGGCCUGUUCAUGGCCCGAAACAUUGAGGGAAUCAACGACAGCCGCAUGCGACCCAACAGGGCCGUGUUUUUCAUCGUCUUGGCGCUGCUCAUCCUGUACUGGUUUGCGCUCAUGUCGUUGGUGCCCUGUCGGUUCUCGCACCGCCUGCCUCAUUCCGUCACCUGCCUUGCGGAUCUCGUCUCUUUCCUCUGCACCGAAGAUGUGCGGGAAGAGAAGGGCUUCCAGUUUCCCGAAGCCAAAGACAGAGAGACCAUGCUCACCAAGCUGGGGCUUGGUAAGCGUUGGGAGGAGAGCCGAUGGUACUUUGGCAACGUGCCCGGCAAAGACGAGAAGCUGGGCGUGCGCCGGCUCAAAAAGUAUACGGAGCGCAAGGCCAGAAGGCAUUGA